CGCCACACAGUGGCUUCAUCAGUCCAUACAAAGGAGAAUGGUGAAGAACAGAAGGAGCCUGAGGUAGUCAGUCCUUUAGCCUGGAAUAGAUAUGAUCAGUCCACCAAUUUUUCCAAGAUUCUCUGAAGCACUUAUCUACAUCACGGUGUCAGAUGUUAGUGGCCCUAUUAACCCCAAACAAUAACAAGGUGAUACGCGUGGUCUUAUUGUGCAGUUAUUAGAAGAAGAAAUAUCUAAGCAAAAUACCCGUAUCCUGAAGAAGAAAGAAUACUUCUUUACUAUACUUCCACAUUGGGUGUAUAAACCCGGACUCCAAAUAUUAGGGCUCAUUAUAGCCUAGACUACAGUAACUGAAGGACAACAGAUGGAAAAAUGAAGGCAAAUAAAGCAAAAUUUGAAGACAUUUGUAAGGGAUUUACGGAUUUAUUAAAAAAUCCUGAGGAUUAUCUAAGACCUAACAGUAAUCUGAGAGAAGCUUGGGUGGAGCAAACCAAGAGAGUAUACAAUUUUUUGAAAGAAGAGGAAAGGAAAUAUAAUCUUCCCAGUCCUAAGGAUGCACUUCCUCAACUCUACACAGAUGGACUUGAUACUGAACAGAUCUGGCAAUUGGUGGAGCUACAGAAUAAGAGUCUAUUGGCUGCUCCAGAUGAUUUCCAGGGACUGGAUGAAGUAAACCUUUGUUUUAUGGUGGCUAAACUUAGUAGUUUGGCUAAGUAUGGUAGACUAUCACUUGCUGAAAGUGGAGCUCCGGAUGAGAGCAUUACAUACAGCAGUGAUGAUGAGGAAGAUUAUAACAAUGUAUACCAAGAUGAUAAUGAUUUACUUAUGGAUAACUCUGAAGACAAUGAUGAACCGAGUAAUGAAGACAGUGAUAAUGAAGAUAUUUUUGAAAAUGCCAAAGGGUUGAAAGAUAUUGGACUGAAUAUUAACUUUGAUAAUAGCAGUGAUGAUGAAGAAGACAAUUUUGAUGAGUUGAUAGCUCCAGAGGGAAAAGAGUCAGAUGAUGAAGAGGAAGAGGAAGAUGCUGAUGAUGGUAAUGAUGAUGAUGUCAGUAAUGAGUUGGCAUUUAAAAAAUUAAAAGAAAAAGGAAAAGAAAGUGAGAGCAUUCAAAAAUUUGGAAAUACGGAGGUUGACACUAAAUUUUUCAAGCUUAGAGAAAGUGAAUGGGUGGCUGACAAUGAUAUCAUUGGUCAGAACUAUAAUAUGGAUUCUGAAGAGAUCGACUUCAUGGAAGACAUUUCUGAUGAAAGUGAGGGAGAGGAAGGUGUCAUGUAUGAUGCAUUUUUUGAUGUAUCAAAUGAUGAAGAUAAAAGAAAAAAGUCAAAGAAAAUGUCAGAGCCAUUGAAUGACCACAAUAUGGAUGUUGAAGAAGAUGAAGAAGACCAGAACAACUUUGGUAGAAGUCAAACUAAUGAUGAGAAACUUCUGAAACAAGAUGAUUCAAGUCAUGAUGAAGGAGAGGUUCACAUCUUGGGCUCCAAAAAAAAGGAGGCUAAGUCAACUUUUGAGAUGGAACGAGAGAAGGCACUCAAGGUGAUUGAAACUCUAGAAGAUGCUAAUAUAAGUGAGAGGCCAUGGUACUUACGUGGAGAGGCUUUAAGUACUGACCGUCCAGAAAACUCUGCACUGGAGGAGCAUAUGGAAUAUGAUAUAGUUGCAAGGCAAAAACCAGUUAUCACUGAAGAUACAACCUCACAAAUUGAAAAAAUAAUCAUGAAUCGCAUCCGCAUUAAGGCCUGGGAUGACGUCGAACGGAAAGUGAAACAAACACAGGAUCCCUAUGAGUUUAAAAAGAAGCUGCUUCUUGAUCAAGAGAAGAAUAAGAAGAGUUUAGCUGAGAUAUAUGAAGAAGAAUAUGUGAAGCAGCAAAAGAAGGGUGAGCAAGAAGAGGAAGAGCUUCAGGAACACAAGGAGAUAAAAGAGAGGAUGGAUAAAUUAUUUAUGAAGCUUGAUGCCCUUGCCAACUACCAUUACACACCCAAACAGACUUGUGCAGAGGUGAAGAUCCAGAGUAACUUGCCAGCUAUUAAUGUGGAGGAAGCCACUCCUGUAACAGCCAGUGAUGCCACACUUCUAGCUCCUCAAGAAAUACUAGAGCCUGUUCAUGGCGAGCUAAGAGGGAAAACCGAGUACACAAGCACAGAUAAAAAGCGUGACCGCCGGGUAAAGAAAUCUCACCAGAAGAAAAGGUCCAAGUUGCAGCAGAAGAAGUUGCAAGAGAAGUUGAAAAAAGCUGGAACAGAUGGAAAGUUAGACGCAAAAUCCACAAUGAAAGUCAUAGAAAAGGCUGUUAAAUCAGGACAAGUGAAAAUGUUGGAGGGGAAGCAGCACAACGUAGUCAGGUCUUCACAAACAUUCUUCAAGAAGCUGGAAGAAGACACUGUUCAAAAAUUACAAGAGAAUAAAAAUCAACAUAGUAGGAAGAAAAGAAUAGAGCACAAAUCUGUUUCUAAGCUUUUAUUGUAAUUUUAUUGUUGGAUGUGUAUUAAAUUUCAUACAGUUUCUCCCUCACUUUAAUCAUGUAUUCUGUAUAUUCCUAUUUCAAAUAAAGCUUUUUAGUA